CGCACACGGGCCGGCCGUGGCCGCCGGGAGGUUCCCGCCCCGCUGCCAACGUCUGUGGUGGGUAAUUCCAGAAUUGAUUGGCCAUACCAUUGUCACUGUAUUAAUGCUCAUUUCAUUGCACUGGUUCAUCUUCCUUCUCAAUUUACCUGUUGCCACCUGGAAUAUAUAUCGAUACAUUAUGGUGCCAAGUGGUAACAUGGGAGUGUUUGAUCCAACAGAAAUACACAAUAGAGGGCAGCUGAAGUCACACAUGAAAGAAGCCAUGAUCAAGCUUGGUUUCCACCUGCUCUGUUUCUUCAUGUAUCUUUAUAGUAUGAUUUUAGCUUUGAUAAAUGACUGAAGCUGGAGAAGCCGUGGUUGAAGUCAACAUACAGCACCGUUGAGGAGCCAGAGACUACUUAACAUCAUUAUUUGAACCGUGACCAUAGCAGUAUAUAUUUUCCUCUUUGAACAAAAAACUAUUUUUGCUGUAUUUUUACCAUAUAAAGUAUUUAAAAAACAUGAAUUGAGUUUCUGUAGAUUUCUGGUACUCAAGUUUAGUCUGAACCCCACCACUUGAAGGUGUUUUCAUCAUAUGUAUGUUGAAGAUGGUUACUGUAUAUAGGAACAGGACUGCCAUCCCAGCCUGGCAUGCCAAAGAAACCAAGGACACACCUUAAAGGGAAAACUUAAGAGAUGAGCAAAGCUACUCUUCAAGUCUAAUGAAAAGUCAGAAUACAAAACAACACUGUUAAUCUGGAGAAAAGGAAAAAA